AUGGAGUUUCCGAAUUUGGGCAAACACUGCUCGGAGCAGUUCUGCAACAAGUUAGACUUUUUGCCAAUGAAAUGCGACGCCUGUGGUGCCAUAUUUUGCUCGGAUCACUUCAGCUACAAGGACCAUGCGUGCCCUUCGGCCUACAAGAAAGAUGUUCAAGUUCCUAUUUGUCCACUGUGCGGUGAUCCGGUACCGACCCCGCGCGAUGUUUCGCCCGAUAUCACAGUGGGUGCGCAUAUCGAUCGGUUCUGUACAUCCGACCGGAAGAAAAUAUACACCAACCGCUGUUCAUAUCGCAACUGCAAGAAAAAGGAGCUUAUUCCCGUCAACUGUAGCGUGUGUCGGUUGAACUUUUGCCUGAAGCAUCGUCACACCACCGAUCAUGACUGUGCUGGCCCGGCAGCGGGUCAACGGAAUCUCGUAGCAACGGCCGCCAUUCAGCGACAAACCACCAGCAAGCCAACAUCAUCCGGACCAUUCGCCGCCUUCCGUUCUGGCGUUACAAGCAGUGGCAGUGCCGUCCGGAGCAACGCCGUCACAUCGACCACUGCAAACGAACACAUUGCUAUCGUGCAGGGCGGAAUGUCCGAGGAUGAGGCCCUGGCACGUGCGAUUGCAUUAUCCAUGCAGGAAGAGGACGAACAGGCCCAACUGCGCCAAAACCAGCAGGAACGGAAUCCCUCCAAUGCGUCGCGCAGAAUUGCUGUUGGUAGCGGAAACAGUGCCUCCAAAGACAGAUGUAUGCUUUCGUGA